GCCGCGUCUACAGUCGCGGCGACGAUCUCCCGGCCGGCAAUGCGGCCCGGCUCUCGGGCGGCUGCGAGUGCCACGUCCCAAGUGCUACGCGGAGGAACCGAGCGGGUGGUGCGCUGGGGGUGGGGAGCAGCGCGGAGCCCGGCCCGGUCACACUGAUCGCCCGCCGCCAUGGGGUCCUCGCAGAGCGUCGAGAUCCCAGGCGGGGGCACGGAAGGCUACCACGUCCUGCGGGUACAAGAAAAUUCCCCAGGACAUAGAGCUGGACUGGAGCCAUUCUUUGAUUUUAUUGUUUCUAUUAAUGGUUCAAGAUUAAAUAAAGACAAUGAUACUCUUAAGGAUCUACUGAAAGCAAAUGUUGAAAAGCCUGUAAAAAUGCUUAUCUAUAGCAGUAAGACACUGGAACUUCGAGAGACCUCAGUCACACCAAGUAACAUGUGGGGUGGCCAGGGCUUGUUGGGAGUAAGCAUUCGUUUCUGCAGCUUUGAUGGGGCAAAUGAAAAUGUUUGGCAUGUGUUGGAAGUAGAAUCAAAUUCUCCUGCGGCAUUGGCUGGUCUUAGACCUCACAGUGAUUAUAUAAUUGGAGCUGAUAUGGUGAUGAAUGAGUCAGAAGAUCUAUUCAGCCUCAUUGAAACACAUGAAGCAAAACCGUUGAAACUGUAUGUGUAUAAUACAGACACUGAUAACUGUCGAGAAGUGAUUAUUACACCAAAUUCUGCAUGGGGUGGAGAAGGCAGCCUAGGGUGUGGCAUUGGAUAUGGUUAUUUGCAUCGAAUACCUACACGGCCAUUUGAAGAAGGAAAGAAAAUUUCUCUUCCAGGACAGAUGACUGGUACACCUAUUACUCCUCUCAAAGAUGGGUUUACGGAGGUCCAGCUGUCCUCCGUUAAUCCUCCUCCUAUGUCAUCAACACCAGGAACUACAGAAAUUGAACAGGGUCUGUCUGGACUUUCUAUUAGCUCAACUCCACCAGCCGUCAGUAAUGUUCUCAGUACAGGUGUUCCAACAGUACCAUUACUAUCACCACAAGUAAACCAAUCCCUCACCUCUGUGCCACCAAUGAAUCCAGCUACUACAUUACCAGGUUUGAUACCUUUACCAGCAGGACUACCUAACCUACCUGCCCUCCCCAAUCUCAACCUCCCUGCACCACACGUCAUGCCAGGUGUCAGCUUACCAGAGCUCCUGAACCCGGGUUUGCCACCUCUUCCUUCCUUGCCUCCCCGAAACUUACCUGGCAUUGCACCUCUCCCCAUGCCGUCCGAGUUCCUCCCGUCAUUCCCUUUGGUUCCAGAGGUCUCUUCUGCAGCAGGCUCAGGGGAGUUGCUGUCCUCCCUCCCACCCACCGGCAGCCCACCCUCCGACCCUGUCACCACCACUGCAAGGGCAGAUGCUGCCUCCGCACUCACUGUGGAUGUGACACCUCCCCUUCCCAAGACCCCCUCUACUGUUGAGGACAGAGCCGGCGAGUCCACCCCAGCCAGCGAGAAGCCUGCUUCAGCGGUUAUGGCUGCAAAUGCCUCUGAGUCACCUUAACUUUGAACUGGUCUUCACAGUUGGCGUGGUGUGCUAAUUUAACACCGGAGUGUCUGGAAAUGCACACUAUCAUUAAUUUCAUACUAGUUUGUACCGUAUGUGUAGGUGUCCUGUAAAUAAUUCUAGGGGAAAACAAAGAAAGAGGACAUGGGCUUAUCUCUUGCCAAGUUGGGGUAGGGCUCAUGGACUGGGGAGGGAAAUGUCAGAAAGUGCUUGUAUUUUAAAACAACCAAAAAAAAAAAUUGUAAGGGUGACUUGCUGCCAGGUUUCCACUGCCAUUCUUGGGGGUGUACAUCUUUGGGAAAGGUGGGGACAGUUUGCCCUCUAGGCUCUCUGUGCCCCUGCUGCUCCUUCUGUAAGAAAAAAAUAUUUUCUGCCUAGUACUCACCACGCAACAUUUCUUGUAUUUUAUAAAGCGUUUGCAAGAGUGCAGACCACCAAAGUAAACCGCAAACAGAAAGGGUAGUUUUACUUUUGGUCCCCAUGAAUCAUGUGUCUAUUAAGGUUUACACAAAAAAUUCCAGCUAAAGAUGUUUGUUAAUGUUACACAAUGUGCACUAUUAAUGGGACAUCUUUUUAUUCAGCCUAAACACAGAUCCUUGUUUUGAGCUCUCAGAAUUUACUCAGACAACAUUUUGUAACUGCUGCUGUUGCUUUAUACGUACGUCUACCAUAAAAAUGGCAUUUAAACAGGAAUAAAGGAGCUGUUGCACAGUUUUAAGCCAGAAGGUGGCACUUUGUGGCUACUAAUAUUAUAGCUAUACCGGGAAAGCAUAGAUACAGCAAUAAAUUACAGUAAUUUUACUUUUCUUCUUGUGGUACCUUUAAAUUAUAAAUUCCUGAUUGCCAUCUGUGCACUUGUUCCUCAUUAUGUCACACUUGAUGUAAUUUUUUCAUCUUUGUUUCCUCCUAAGUUUUCUAAGAGAUGGUAAGUUAAGUGAAUUGAUUUAUUGAAUGAAAUUAAAUGCAUAUUAUAUCUGUUUUUUAAAUAAGACAA